AUGUUUUUCUUUCUUUCUUUCUUUCUCUAUUUCUUUAUAUCGCAUUCUUUUCUUCUUUUUUUGUAUUUUUUCGUUUUCAUUAUUUUUAGCCUUUUUUCUUUCCUUACCGUAAUUCUUUCUCUCAUUCUUCCUCCCCCCUCUUUCUUCUUUUUUUCUCACAUCUUUCUAUUUAUGUGCCGUCCAUUUGCUCUUAUGCAUUCUCCUUUCCUGAUUUUUCAAUCAUUUCUUCUUUUUUUUUUUUCGCUUUCAUCCCCUCCCUCUAAUAGAACUCUCUUUCAUCUAUCUUGUUUUCCUAUCAUUUUCUGCGGCAUUUUCAAUCAUCGCUUAUUUCUUCUCCUGUAUGUAUCGAAUUUCAUAUGGGAAAACAUAAAUUUCACCCCACGUAGAAGAAAUAAAAUCAACGACGUGACGCUGCGUUUUAACUUGGGAUUUGAUGACGCUGCAAAAAAACGGGAUCUAUCUAUCUAUCUAUCUAUCUAUCUAUCUAUCUAUCUAUCUAUCUAUCUAUCUAUCUAUCUAUCUAUCUAUCUAUCUAUCUCUGUCCGUUAUCGAUCGAUCUGUAUUCACUAUCUAUCUAUCUAUCUAUCUAUCUAUCUAUGUCCAUUAUGUAUCUAUCUGAAUUCACUAUCUAUCUAUCUAUCUAUCUAUCUAUCUAUCUAUCUAUCUAUCUAUCUUCACUACUAUCUAUCUAUCUAUCUAUCUAUCUAUCUAUCUAUCUAUCUAUCUAUCUAUUUCUGUUCAUUAUCUAUCUAUCUAUCUAUCUAUCUAUCUAUCUAUCUAUCUAUCUAUCUAUCUAUCUCUGUCCGUUAUCUAUCGAUCUGUAUUCACUAUCUAUCUAUCUAUCUCUGUCCGUUAUCUAUCUAUCUAUCUAUCUAUCUAUCUAUCUAUCUAUCUAUCUAUCUAUGUCCAUUAUCUAUCUAUCUAUCUAUCUAUCUAUCUAUCUAUCUAUCUAUCUAUCUAUCUAUCUAUGUUCAUUAUCUAUCUAUCUAUCUAUCUAUCUAUCUAUCUAUCUAUCUAUCUAUCUAUCUAUCUAUCUAUGUUCAUUAUCUAUCUAUCUAUCUAUCUAUCUAUCUAUCUAUCUAUGUUUAUUAUAUAUCUCUGUUCAGUAUCUACCUACGUUCAUUAGACUGGGUAACGGGCAUUUUAUUGAAUGAUGCCUGA